UCGUCUCCUUGUUUCUCUCAGACUCAAACCCAGAGCCUUCUCUCAAGCUCAUCCUCUUCUUUGAGUUUCUAUAAAUAAUACCAACGAAAACAAAACCAAACCCCCUCUCUAUUACUCCAUUAAUUAAUUAGUUCUCUCUCUCAUGGCUUUCUCCAACAAAUUCGCCGCCCUUCUCUUCGUCUCCUCCCUCUUCCUCUCCGCAGCCGUUGGGGAGCUUGUCUGCGAGGAAUUGUCGGUGGAUGUUUGUGCGUUUUCCAUCGCUUCAUCAGGGAAGAGGUGUUUGUUGGAGACCUCUGAGAACAAAGAUGGCAAGUUUGAAUACCAAUGCAGAACCUCCGAGGUUAUGGUCGAAUGGAUGGCCGAGUACAUAGAGUCCGACCACUGCAUCAACGCCUGCGGCCUCGACCGCAACUCCGUCGGUAUCGCCUCCGACGCCCUCCUCGAGCCCCACUUCACCGCCAAGCUCUGCUCCCCUCCUUGCUACCAGAAAUGCCCCAACAUCGUCGACCUUUACUUCAACAUGGCUGCAGGAGAGGGGGUAUUCUUGCCGGACCUUUGCGAGAGACAGCGCACGAGCCCCCACCGUGCCAUGGCGGAGCUGUUGAGCUCGGGCGCGGCCGCGGGUCCCAUGUCAUCGGAGGCUGCCACCGGAAUCUUGCCCACAGCUGAAGCCCCAGCUCCUAUGUGAAGAUCAUGAGAAGUUGAUUAAUUUUGUUAUUUAAUUUGGUUGGACGUUUUCUUUAUUAUUAUGGUUAUUUUCCUUGCACAGCUGUGAGGGGACGAAAUAAAUUAGAAUAGUAAUGGCUGUAAGGAAAAAAAAUAUUUGAGUGAUUUUCUUCGAAUUUCACUUUUGUUUUGAUUUCUUCAUCAUACCUAUACGGUAUACGUCCGUCCUCUUUUUUCUUUUCAAUAUUCCCACACAGUGAGAUGAUGUAUACUUUUGGAGUAAUAAAACUUUGUUAUUUUUAUUAAAUUA